AUGAGUGUCAACAUGAGUGCUAGUUUGUCUGGUGGGUUUGCGACGUCCUCGCCGAGAAAGAGGGGGCAACGGAAACGGUCUGGUGGUUAUGUGGAUUGCAGCAACAGACACAAUGACAUCAAAGAAGUCAAUAAAAAAGGGAUUUAUGGCACCGAUGAGGAGGAGAUGUACAGUUCUGGCAUUUUAUCUCCCAUACGGAUAGAGGAGGACAUGGAGGAGGAUGUGAAGGUGACAAGCAUGGAGAGAAGUGGGAUGGAUGGUGCGCCUCGAUUGAGUUGUAGGGAUGACGAUCAGGAGGAUGGUGGUAGUGAUAUGGGGGAUUUCCAUGGAGAGAAUGCGUCAUCCGAUGCAGACGUGACAAUACAACGAGUCAGGGAGUUUAUUGAAAAUAAACGGAGGGUGCUGGUGGAGGCCAAACGAAAGAGACGGGAGGGUGCAUCUGUAACAAACAACAUACCACAGAGAGAGAAAGAGCGUGGAGGGACAAGUCCCCCUGGGAACAGCAAGACGGUCAAGUUAGACAAACACCAGAGAAAACUACGUCAGCUAGUGCACAAGAUCCACAAGCAACCAUUUGACAUUAAUUGGAGUACCGAGGAAUGGAACUUAUUUCGGCUGUAUCUGAAAGAAUGGAAGCUCAGUGGCGACGAUAAAAUGCUAGACAAGUUUGUAGUUGAAGAUCUAUUCAACUGUACCGUUGACGAGCUGCAUGUGCGGCUCAAGAGCCUGAAGAGGUUUAUUGGGAAGAGGUCAUCAAACAGGAAACUUGUUGGAUGA